AUGGUGUCCAAGCAUCCCUCCUCCUGGUCCCAGCAGUUAAUGUGGGUGGAGUACGCCCACAACACCCUGACAAGCUCGGCCACUGGGUUCUCCCCUUUCCAGUGUGCCUACGGGUUCCAGCCUCCACUGUUCCCGGCGCUGGAGAAAGAGGUUUCCUGCCCGUCCGUCCAAGCCUUCAUUCGUCGCUGCCGCAGGACGUGGACCCAAGCCAGGGCGGCUCUUCUCCGCUCCAUGGACCGUUACGCCACAGCUGCCAACCGUCACCGCACCCAGGCCCCCAUCUACCUCGCGGGCCAGAAGGUGUGGCUGUCGACCCGGGACCUUCCCUUGAGGGUGGAGUCCAAGAAAUUGGCACCCAAGUUCAUCGGUCCCUUUGAGAUCCAGAAAGUCAUCAACCCAGCGGCUGUGCGGCUCAAGUUGCCUCGUUCCAUGCGGGUCCAUCCUACGUUCCACGUGUCCAGAGUAAAGCCGUUCCGGGAGAGAUCCCUGGUCCCCGCAGUCCCUCCUCCUCCACCUCCUCGUCUCAUCGACGGAGGCUCCGCCUUUACGGUGCACCGCCUCCUGCGCUCCUGCCGUCGCGAGAGGGGUCUCCAAUACCUGGUCGAUUGGGAGGGUCACGGUCCAGAGGAGAGGUCCUGGGUUCCUGCUCGACACAUCCUGGACGCCUCCCUCAUCAGGGAGUUUCACCGGCGUCAUCCCGACCAGCCGUCCAAGUGCGCCACUCCCAGAGGGGUCGCCGCCCCUAAGACUAUGUCCCCUCUUCCGUCUGAGGCGCCCAGUGACGACGAGACGGAGCUUUCUUCUGAUGCCAUAGAGGAGGAUGCGGACAUGGAUGUCUCGGACGAAUAUUAGCCAUCCUCCGGUCCCGCUC